CUCUCCGUGUUCUGAGUUCAGCGUCAUGUCUGGCCGGGGUAAAGGCGGCAAGGGGCUCGGCAAGGGCGGCGCGAAGCGCCACCGCAAGGUGCUGCGCGACAACAUCCAGGGCAUCACCAAGCCGGCUAUCCGCCGCCUGGCUCGGCGCGGCGGCGUCAAGCGCAUCUCGGGGCUCAUCUACGAGGAGACGCGCGGCGUGCUCAAGGUCUUCCUGGAGAACGUGAUCCGCGACGCCGUCACCUACACGGAGCACGCCAAGAGGAAGACGGUCACGGCCAUGGACGUGGUCUACGCCCUCAAGCGCCAGGGUCGCACCCUCUACGGCUUCGGCGGUUAAACUUAACGUAGUUCUAAUUCAUAUUGUUUUAAACACAAAGGCUCUUUUCAGAGCCGCCCACAAAUCUCACGAUAAGAGCUGUUUAUUACUAGCUUUAUGUCCGUAUUUCCAAAUGUAUUACAAACCCUAAAAAAAACCUAGUAAAAGUAAAAUUGUAUUAGGUGACAUCAUCCUAGGGCUAAGAUCAUUGACGGGAAUGCGCUAGUGAAUAUCCGCCCAGAGCAGUUUACAUCAGGCGCUGCAUUUUUGUUUCUAAACCCAGGACCCUAACUGCAGUCAGGAUUGUGUAAAUUCAGCGCCUGAGCUCUGGCGGUUACAGGACGGAAGUGCCUGAAAUUACGUUGUUACUUUCUACUCCAAUAGGAAUGGAACAAUUACAAUCCUCUAAUUUGCAUAACGCCGUUAUAAAUAGGGGGGGCAGGCGCCAUUUUCGAUGUUGUUGUGCUGCAGUGGAGAUCCCGAAAGAAAACAUUAAGGAUGCCUGAGCCGGCGAAAUCUGCUCCAGCACCGAAGAAGGGUUCCAAGAAA